UAGCGGCGUGGAAGGCUUGUCACUAUGGCUGUCACUUCUUUAUGCGGCUUUAUUCCGCCCUGUUGAUGUUUACGUGGAGUUUACAUGGCGAAAACACUGACCUCGACCUUGGCACCAAGCGGACACACUACCUGCCGAUUAUAAACCAGUACAUCGUGAGCAGAGCUGAAGUCAAGAAAUCUCCUCCACACCAUCCAGCACCACAUACCUCCAGUAUCAUGAAGAUCCCUAAGCUGGCCUUCAUCUUCCUCCUGGUGGGCUGUCUGGUGGUCUACCUGACCUACGUGAAAAGUCGAUUCGAGAACAGGAAAGCGCCGAAGAGCGGCGAGCUCCUUUACAGGACCAGCCUGCGCAAGAGCCCGACCUCGGCGGAGAUGACCAAGCAGAAUUUCCAGUAUGGCAUCAUGUUCGACGCUGGGAGCACCGGGACGAGGAUUCACGUCUUCCAGUUUCAGCUGGAGCCCAACAAAGCUCCUAAAUUGGGUCACGAGACGUUCAGAGCAAUCAAACCUGGACUUUCUGCGUAUGCUGAUGAUCCAGACAAGUGUAAAGAAGGACUCUGGGAGCUGUUGGAGGUGGCGAAGCUGGUCGUGCCCGCCAGUCUGUGGCCCUCCACCCCUCUGGUCCUGCGUGCCACUGCGGGACUCAGGCUGCUGCCAGGGGAGAAAGCCACGCACCUUCUGGAUAAGGUCCGGGAGAUGUUUGGUGCGUCUCCGUUCCUCAGCAGGCCGGACAGCGUGUCGAUUAUGGACGGUACAGAUGAAGGAGUCUCAGCGUGGAUCACUGUCAACUUUUUAUUAGGUGGCCUCCAUGGCUCUGAAGUAUCCUCGGUGGGGAUGCUGGAUUUGGGAGGAGGCUCGACCCAGAUUACUUUCUCACCACAAGAUGAGAAGACCAUCCAGACCUCCCCGGUCGAUUACGUCACAUCGUUUCAGAUGUUCAACACGAGCCACACCCUCUAUUCACACAGCUACCUGGGUUUGGGUUUGAUGUCCGCCAGACUGGCCGUGUUGGGAGGAGUGGAAGGACAGCCCGUUGGGGGUGGACAGGAACUGAUGAGUCCAUGUCUGGCUCCGGACUACACCGGACAGUGGGAGCACGCAGAGGUCACCUACACUUUAAAGGGCCAGAAAGCAGGAGAACCAAUUUAUGAGUCGUGCCUGAGCAAGGUGGAGAAGAUGAUCUACAGGCGAGUGCAGAAAGCCGAGGAGGUGAAGGACAUGGAGUUCUACGCUUUCUCUUAUUACUACGACCGCGCUGUGGACCUGGGACUCGUCGAUGAGAAGACCGGAGGCUCGAUUAGAGUCAGCAGCUACAUCGAUGGUGCCAAGACAGUGUGUAAGAGCUUGGAGACCGGUGUGGGUAACAAUCCGUUCCUCUGUCUGGAUCUAAUGUACAUUUCGGUGCUGCUGCAGGAGCUCGGCUUCCCCCCGGACAAAGAGCUGAAGCUGGCCAGGAAGAUCAACGACGUGGAGACUAGCUGGGCUCUGGGAGCCACCUUCUACUACAUCGAAUCCCUUCGUGGACAUUAACAGGUCCUCUCAGGAACCUGUUUUGUUCCUGAGUGGUAUGUCCUCGUUUUAAUCUGCAGCCAGAGCCACGCCCAGUUCACGAUGCAAUAAAAGGGAUCGUGUGUCUGUCGUAUCAGUGAUCGGGACUUGGCCUGACUGGACUUUAGACUCUUGAACUCUGUAGGCGUAACGCUGCACUACUAUACUCCUGUUCCUCACGUCACUUCAUGAUGACGGAUCUGUGUGUGUGUGUGAGAGAGUGUGUGUGUGUGUGUGUGUGAGAGAGAGUGUGUGUGUGUGUGAGAUUAUUUGUACUCUGGGAAAAACGUCUACAGAACUUGAUUGUAUUUACCAUGUGUGAGAACUUUCUACAGAAUGUGAUUUGAACCUUGUACCUCCUCCUGAUUGAAUGUUUCUGAAUAAGCUUUGACAUGUUGGAAUGUGAUGACCAGUGAAAUGUGAGCUGCUCUGUAUUCGUAUCUUAAUGAAGCAUGCAGUGCAAGUGGACUUAUUUUGCACAUAAAGCUUAAAAUUUUA